AAAUCACAUAAUAUUCCUCACAAAUAAAAAACAAAUUAAAGAACACUGAUGGAGUGAUGGGCCUCUCCUCACUCAUCAGCUUCAAAGCUUCCAUUCUCGCCUGUUCUCCACAACCUUGAGUUUCUCCACAUACACAAAGAAAAAAGCUAAAAUAAAAUAAUUAAAAAUAUCUAAUUCAUUUUCAUCACACUUUACAUGGAUGGAAUGUACGGACUCCACUCGGCCGGCAACGAUUACCCCGAUAAGGCGCUAAUGUCCCCCGACAACCUCAUGAACAUCGCCGGCGGCGGCGGCUACUACCACGACUACGAUCCUCUGAUUCCCUCCGCCGAUCACCACCGCCGCAUCAAUCCGCCGUUCGAAUCGGAGGACUAUGGGCUAAUCCAUUGCUCCGCCGUAUCGGAAUCCGUAAAUUCCGUUAGCGCUCACCGCACGAUCGGCUACGGCGACGGAGGAGCCGAUCGAAACCGCCGUGAGGACGACGUGGCCAGCUAUGCUACCGUUAAAGCCAAAAUUGCUGCUCAUCCGUGUUACCCAAAGCUUCUCGAUGCCUACAUCGAUUGCCAAAAGGUCGGAGCCCCGCCGGAGAUAGCGUGUUUGCUGGACGAAAUCCGGCGAGAGAAAGACGCACAGUACUGCAAACAGGACGACGCCGUUCCGACGUGCUUAGGAGUCGAUCCCGAGCUCGACGAGUUUAUGGAAAGCUACUGUGACGUAUUGGUGAAAUACAAGAGCGAUUUGUCGAGGCCCUUUGACGAAGCUACAUCUUUCCUCAACAACAUUGAAACCCAACUCGCCAAUCUUUGCAAAGAUGACGGUCCUUUGUCGUCCGAUGAGGAGUACAGCGGAGGAGAGACCGAAAUCCCGGACCCUCAGACGAAAACCGAAGACCGAGAGCUCAAGGAUCGGCUAUUACGAAGGUACGGCAACCACAUUAACAACCUAAAGCUCGAAUUCUCAAAAAAGAAGAAGAAAGGUAAGCUCCCGAAGGAGGCUCGACAAGCGUUGCUCGAAUGGUGGAGUGUUCACUACAAAUGGCCUUACCCAACGGAAGCGGAUAAGAUGUCUUUAGCGGAAACGACAGGGCUCGACCAGAAGCAAAUAAACAAUUGGUUCAUAAACCAGAGGAAAAGGCAUUGGAAGCCUUCUGAGAACAUGCACUUGGCCAUGAUGGAUAAUCUGUCUGGGCAUUUCUUCAUGGAAGAGACUGAUAUUUAGUUGUUUGUGGCUUUUGUGUACUUUAAUCUGCAGACGUGUUUUUGAUGAAAUUUAGAUUCUUGUAUAUUCAUUCCCAGAAGAAACUAAUGUUGUAUGCUAGUGACUUUUAGAAAAUAUUAUCUAUCAAAUAAUAUUUUGAAAAAAAAAAAAAUGGUCACUUUUCUUGUGAAUCAGUAGGCUUAUAAGUUAAGCUUCUGUUUUCUAUAUAAAGUUUUUCUAUAUAAACGAUGUGGAACAAUUCACUAGUG